AUGAAGAAAAAGUUUGAAGGAAAUGCAAGGGUCAAAAGGUCUCAUCUUCAAGCUCUCUGCAGAGAAUUUGAAACUCUUGAGAUGAGAUCUAGUGAAGGUGUAAUAGAAUACUUCUCUAGGGUCAUGACAGUGGCCAAUAAAAUGCGAAUAUACAAGGAGGAUAUGUCAGACGUUAAAGUGGUUGAAAAGAUUUUACGCUCUUUAAUUGAGAAGUUUAACUAUAUUGUUUGUUAUAUUGAAGAGUCAAAGGACAUCGAUGAUCUUUCUAUCGAUGAGUUACAAAGCUCAUUAAUAGUGCAUGAGCAGAAGUUCCAAAGACACAUUGGCAAAGAACAAGCCUUGAAAGUUACAUAUGAAGCAGGAAGAGGUCGUGGUCAAGUUGGUUAG